GCGGGAUUCUAGUUUUGGUGUGUAUUUGAAUUGCAAUUCAACUUGCAAAAGGUUUAAGACACAGCGGUGUCGAUACCAUGGUUCUAUUUCACUAUGUUAAACAAUUUUUUUAACAUGCUGUGUACUUCAGUAGUGUAGUGAUUGAACGUUGAAAGCAAAUUUGACGACCACACUUGUACUUAUUAAUGUUACAACUUAAAAAGCCGUAAGGGCUUAACAAAUGGGUUUGGUUUACUUUAUCACCAGUCUUUUAAUUCUACCUUAGCAAUGAUCGCACAUUGGAUGCCAUGUAAAAUCGAAGCAAACGGGAUGAAAGCGAAUUCCGAACUUCAAUGUCUAGAAACUUUAAACAAUGAAUCUGGUGCAUUAAGUAAUCAUGUACUAGUUUCGAAUUUCCGCGGUAGGCCAUUACGAGGAUUUCAACUCAGUUUUCCUGACAGUUACUCACCAGUGGUUGUUCACCAUAGUGGUAUCGUGUCAGACGUUGGAACAGAACCAAUAAAAUUUGGGGCUAAGCUCGAUAAAAUAUUCCUAUGGAAUUUGUCUACGCCACCAAGUUUCUCAGACCCUAUACCAUUAUCUCUCACUUGGCUUCAUUUGGCUAGCAUUUUGCAUUCAAGCUCCUAAUAUUCGCUAAUACAUAUUGUUCACACUUUUUGUAUAUCUUGUUAUGAUAACGGUUAAUGUUUUACAUAUCUGUACAACUAAACGAAUGAUGAUCAUACAAGUAUUUCCAUAACUGA